AUGCCCAAGUAUGCAAAGUUUAUGAAAGACUUGCUGACUAACAAUAGAAAAUUGGAGGAAUUAGAAACAAUUGCAUUACCACGGAACUGCUCUGCAAUGAUUCAGAGGAUGCUCCCUAAGAAAUUGACUGAUCCAGGGAGUUUCAUUAUUCCAUGUGUGAUUAGGGAAGGCAUGCAAGAAAAGGCCUUGGCAGAUUCUGGGACCAGCAUCAAUGUAAUGCCUUACAAGCUAUUUUUGAAACUAGGAUUCGAAGACAUGAGGCCCAUAAGGAUGACAAUACAACUUGCAGAUCGUUCUAUAAAGAAACCACACGGUGUUGUUGAGGAUGUGCUGGUUAGAAUAGACAAGUUCAUUAUCCCGGUAGAUUUUGUUAUUCUUAAUGUGGAUGAUGAUAUUGAAGUCCCAUUAAUCUCGGGCGACCAUUUCUUAACUCUGUCGAAGCCCUCAUUGAUGUAA